GAAGCGGGGAAAGCAGGAGAAGAAGAAGGAGCUCGCUCGCUCGCUCGUUUGCUCGCACGAGAAGGCGAAAAGAAGAAGAAGAAAAACACAGGAGCCUUUAUUUAACCACAACUGCUUUUAGGAUACAACCCACCCGUUUUCAGCAUUCCUUCACAAAUCAUGAAAAUGACUCCAGUUGAGAGCUCCAAGGUGCUCAAGGAGGGCGAGCUGGAGAAGAGGAGCGACAACCUGCUCCAGCUCUGGAAGAGAAAGACCUGCGUCCUGACCACGGACAGCCUGAACCUGUACGCCGACACGCAGAAGAAAAGCAAAAGCAAAGAGCUCAAGCUGCAGUGCAUUAAGAAGGUGGAUUGCGUGGAGCGCACCGGCAAGUUCGUCUACUUCACCAUCGUCACCACGGACGACAAGGAGAUCGACUUCCGGUGCUCAGGCGAGGAUAACUGCUGGAACGCGGUCAUCACCAUGGCGCUGAUUGAUUUCCAGAACAGGAGGGCCAUCCAGGACUUUAAAACCAGACAGGACACCGAAAGCUCCACUUCGGGACAGCAGGAAUCUUUACGCAUGGCCAGGGCACCGUGACAAACGCGUUCAACACACACGCACACUCCGGAGAUGUAGAGAGUUAGAUGGAGAAGAAAGCUUGGACCAAAGCAGAGAUAUUUGCACCACGUCUGAGAAGAAGAGACCCCAGAAGAGAGGUGCAAUAUCUAAGCUGGAGCUCUUCAUAAACUCUGUCAUAAUUUCAACAGGCCAAACAGACACGCAAGACUGAAUACUCGAACUUUCAAAGUCAAGUUCUUCAAUAUAAGGGAUCCUAAUGCUCCCUGGAUUUCAGUUGUAAAUUUGCCUAUUUAUUUGAUUUAUUUGCUACAAUGGAUGUAGUAGUCAUAAAAAAAGGUGUUUGUAUGUCUUUAAGUUAUUUACUUGUCCUGUUUUAAUGUUAAUUUAAAUAAAUUUUCAUAAAAAUACA